GAGCUGCAAUUAGUAUACUUUUCCCCCUCUAGUUGACAUUCUUUGCGUGGGAUAGUGAUUGCAUUAUCAAUUUCCCAGUCACUUGACUUGAGACAUAAUUAUGUCAACGGGUUCAAGUUGCCAAGAACCAGACUCUCAGUGGUACUUCAAUGAUAAGCCACUGAAAUGUCGUAUUUGUGCGACUUGGUCCGAGGGGAAAAGACGCUACAUUAAAUUGGAUGACCACCUAUUUUCAGUCAAUUGGAUAAAAUGUCCCAAAGGCUCAGCCGUGAAACCAGCGCGUCGAAAUCGACCAAAGAGCCAAGUGGAGAAGUGCAUGAGCUGCAUGCAGACAGGGACCCAGAUGGUGAAGCUCCGCGGCGGCUCCAGAGGACUGGUGCGCUACUUCUACCUGGACCAACACAAGUCCUGCAUACGUUGGCGGCCCUCGCGCAAGAACGAGAAGGCCAAGAUCUCCAUCGACUCCAUCCGAGAGGUGUGCGAGGGUAAGCAGUCUGAGAUCUUCCAGCGCUACUCUGAGGGCAGCUUUGAUCCCAACUGCUGUUUCAGCCUGUACUAUGGAGAGCGCUUGGAGUCCCUGGAUUUGGUCUCCAGUACGGGCGAGGAAGCGCGCACCUGGAUCACCGGCCUCAAGUACCUGGUGGCAGGCAUCAGCGACGAGGACAGCCUGGCCAAGAGGCAGCGCACCCGCGACCAGUGGCUGAAGCAGACGUUUGCGGAGGCGGAUAAGAACGGCGAUGGAAGUCUGAGCAUCAGCGAGGUCUUGCACCUCCUACACAAGCUGAAUGUCAACCUGCCCCGCCAGAAAGUCAAGCAAAUGUUUAAGGAGGCAGACACUGAUGACAACCAGGGCACCCUGGACUUUGAGGAGUUUUGUUCCUUCUACAAGAUGAUGUCGACACGCCGUGACCUCUACCUGCUCAUGCUCACCUACAGCAACCACAUGGACCACCUUGACACCAGCAACCUGGCCCGCUUCCUGGAGCUGGACCAGAAGAUGACGAAGGUGACCAAAGACCAUUGCCUUGAGAUUGUGAACAAAUUUGAGCCAUGCCCCGAAAACCAGAAGCAAGGAGUUCUGGGUAUUGAUGGUUUCACCAGCUACAUGCGCAGCCCGGCGGGGGACAUCUUCAACCCAGAGCACAACGUGGUGACCCAGGACAUGUCUCAGCCGCUCUGCAACUACUUCAUCGCCUCGUCCCACAACACCUACCUGAUGGGGGACCAGCUCAUGUCCCAGUCCCGCCUCGACAUGUACGCCUGGGUGCUGCAGGCCGGCUGCCGCUGCGUGGAAGUGGACUGCUGGGAUGGGCAGGACGGCGAGCCCAUCGUGCACCACGGCUAUACGCUCACCUCCAAGAUCCUCUUCAAAGACGUCAUCGAGACCAUCAACAAGUACGCCUUUGUGAAAAACGACUACCCAGUGAUCCUGUCCAUUGAGAACCACUGCAGCGUCCCCCAGCAGAAGAAGAUGGCCCAGUACCUGGUGGAGGUGAUGGGAGACAAGCUGGACCUCUCGGCCAUUAAGGCAGAUGAACGGGGCUGCCUGCCCUCCCCAGACACCCUCAAAGGGAAGAUACUCAUCAAGGGAAAGAAACUCCCAUCGAACAUUGACGAAGACAACGAAGAGGGUGACGUGACGGAUGAAGACAGUGCUGACGAGAUGGAGGACGACUGCAAACUGAUAAAUGGCGAUACGUCCAUGACCAGGAAGCAGGUGGAGAACGUGGCUAAGAAGAAGCUGGACAACCUGAUGAAGGAGUCUAAGAUCCGUGACCAGGAGGACCCAGACAGCUUCACCAUCGCUGUUCAGCCUCCCUCGGGAAAGACCACCGACAAGUCCCCCUCCAAGGGUAAAGGUGAUGAUGGUGCAGAAGUAGGGGACGAAGCCAACCCCAGCACUAACAAGCGUCUGGGUAGGACCUUCAUGGGCAGCUUCUCUAAACGCAAGAAAAAGGCUGUCAAGUUGAAGAAGACCAACAGCCUUGAAGACAUCGACACAGACCAGGAGAGCACCAGCAGCGCCACCCGCGCCCCCCUGCAUCACAGCAGGAAGAAGACCAUGAAGCUGACCAGGGCUCUGUCAGACCUGGUCAAAUACACCAAGUCAGUGGGCGUCUCCGACAUAGAGAAACAAGCCGCCAGCUUCAGUUGGCAGGUGUCGUCUCUGAGCGAGACCAAGGCCCACCAGAUCAUGCAGCAGAAAGCUGCCACCUUCAUCCACUUCAACCAGCGGCAGCUCUCGCGCGUCUACCCCUCCUCCUACCGCGUGGACUCUUCCAACUUCAAUCCCCAGCCCUUCUGGAAUGCUGGAUGCCAUCUGGUGGCGUUGAACUACCAAUCAGAGGGGAGAGUUCUCCAGCUGAACAGAGCCAAGUUCAACAGCAACGGCAACUGUGGCUACAUCCUGAAGCCGGCUUGCAUGUGUGAAGGUGCCUUUAACCCCAUGAUAGAGGAUCAAUUUCCAGGGCAGAUGAAGAAACAGCUGGUGCUGAAGAUCAUCAGUGGGCAACAGCUGCCAAAGCCCAAAGACUCUAUGCUGGGGGACAGAGGAGAGAUUAUCGACCCCUUUGUGGAGGUGGAGAUCAUUGGUCUACCAGUGGACUGCUGUAAGGAACAGACCAGGGUGGUGGAUGACAACGGCUUUAACCCCAUGUGGGAGGAGACACUGGUGUUCACGCUGCACAUGCCCGAGCUGGCGCUGGUCCGUUUCCUGGUGUGGGACCAUGACCCCAUCGGCCAGGACUUCAUUGGCCAGCGCACCAUCGCCUUCAACAGCAUGAUACCAGGUUAUCGCCACGUGUAUUUGGAAGGUAUGGAGGCAGCCUCCAUCUUUGUUCAUGUGUCUGUACAUGACAUCACUGGUAAGGGCAAGGUGGCCAGCGGCAUCAAAGGGCUGUUUCACAGAAACCCAAAGCAGGCUUCUCUCGACAGCCAUGCUGCUGCACAGCUCAGCCAUAAGCACACGUUCGGCGCCCACCUGCUGCGCCGCACGGCCAGCGCGCCCACCAAGGUCCUGCCCAAGGUCAAGAAGGGUUUCCCCGAGAUCGCCAUCGACACCAAAGACUACCGCUCAGAAGGCACCAGCGAGGACCGGGAGUUAGAGGACAGCCACCUCAUUGCUUCCUCCCAGCCCCCGCUGCUCCACCAGGGCACCUGGGACACCACGGCCGCCGUUGCCCCCGCCGCAUCAUGCCAAGGCACCAACAGGCACCAUGGCACCAACGAGGCUUUCCACCCCGACGAGGGCAAAGACCAUUCCACAGUGCAGAGACCAGCUCCCCCUAUUCGACUGCUCGCACCAAUCGCUGAUGAUCUGGGGGACCGCCAUCUCACUCACUCCUCUUCCACUCCAGCAGACCACUCAUCCACACGUCACUCCCCACCUCCACCGGUCCCUAUAUCCACAGCAAUCACCAUCUUCACCUCAUCCCCGGCUUCUAAGAGUGAGGCGGACAGUCCCGUCAACGGUAGGGGGGAGGAGGGUGCCAUCAACGGUAGAGGGGACAACAAGAGACCACCUGCCCUUCACAGGACUACCUCGGCCCCUGUGACACAUGACCCCAAAGACUUGAAACCCUCACAGUACAGCGGAGACCCCCGGGUUGAUGUUGGCACCUCGUCACCCAGGGAGCACUCUCCAAGCCGAGAGGAAGCACCGUAUACACAGUCAGGCCACACAAAGGACGAUGCUGAGCUCAAGACUGAGCCAAGUGCGAAGUCCCCUGUUCCUCUCGCCGACCCCUCUGUAGACGCCAGCCCUCGGAAAGUCCAGGCCCUGAGAGCUCUGUUUGGCAGCAGCCCGUUGAACACACCUGUCAGAAGGACCAAAAUCGAGGGCCACGUGCAGGCGGUGGCUGGGGGGCAGCAGCAGUCAUCAGUAAUGCCAGAGGUGUGCACCGACGCCACCCUGAACGACCGGCUGUGGAGCAAGCUGGAGCCCAAGUCAUGCAGCCACAGAGACAGCGUGUCCUCAUCCUCCAGCAUAUCGUCCAACGACACCGUCAUUGACUUGUCCUUGCCCAAUCUGGCCAGGAAGAGCCUCACCUGUCUGAGCAACAGAACCUCCCCGGGCGACAUCUUCCCGGACCCACCCUCCUGGGUCAACCGGCCACGCUCUGCCAUAGCCUCCUUGGAGACGCUGCAGGUCAGCAAGAGCAAGUCCAACCCCAACCUCCUGCCGGGCCACCUGGGGGAACCAGAAGACGAACUGCAGCCCAGUCCCCUCGGCGCCCCCAGGGAGCCUCCAGUGGACUCACCCAGCGGAAUAAUCCAGAGGAGGCACACCUGGAGCCGCCUCUACAUGGAAGGGCUGAAGCAUUCCUCCCCCCCAGCUAAGAGGCCCUCUGCUGCAGAAGCCCUUGCUGCUGCCGCAACCAGCCCCCUGGAUACCGUGGCCUCUAUGUCUAAGAGCCUGGGGGACUUGACCUCGGAUGACAUUGCCUGCAACUUUGACAGCAAGUACCGCAGCAUCACCCGCAGCUUCAUCAUUAGGCCUUCCUGGAACGACCUGCGGCAGGGUUACCCUAACCAUAAUCCCCAGAGGCCCCGGCUGCCCAGCGACCUAACUGAGCAGCUGAGGAGGCUGACGGACGUGGAGCCCCUGACAGCUCGCGACUUUGCCCCCCAGGUGCGGCAGGGGCCCCUGGAGGAGCCUCAGGAGGAGCCCCCGCUACGGAGGACGUCGUCCCGAAGCCAGAGCAGGGUGCGCUACAUCGCCAACAGGGCUAAGCAGGCCCAAGAGAGGCAGAGGCUGCAGGGUCUCAACCAGUCCCACCCUGCUACUGGCACUGCUAACGCUAGUAUUAGCAGUGGCGGUAGCCCCAUGGAGGAGCGGGGGAACCCGGAGGGGGCGUGCUGCGUAGCCCGGAGCCCCUGCGCUAGCCUGGACCUGCUGGGCCAGCUCAGCACCCCAGGGCCCCCCAACAGACAGUCCCAGACUUCCCUGAACUCUGACAACAACGAGGUCUUUUUCAUGCUCAAGCUCUGAGAAUCAGACUCCUUUUGGAACUGAGCGUGAGAGAGACACUGAAGCAUAACUCAUUUAAAUUUCCAUCCAGCUUUCUAGGAAGGUAAAUUGUAAUUUUUAAAAGAAUGACAUUCUGUAUAUCUUGAUAGGAUGUGUUUUUAAAUGUAUUUAAUCAAGCAGAAUAAUGCUACUUCCAGACAGUCACAAGCACAGUUUUACUCUGGUCAAUGUGUUCAGUAACUCACAUCAACUAUGAACACCUAUACAUAGCAAAUGCCUAGCUGGUCACAAAGGAUGGACUAGUCAUUUUUUACCACAAUGGUCACAACAAACACCAACUAAUUGCUCAGAAAUAAUAGAAACAGCAAUGAGUUGUCUAAUGAAAGCAUUCUUUACCAAUGCACUCAUUUGUUUGCACCAAAUGAGGAACGGUGGAAUGUGAUUGGAAAAGCAAUGCCUGCCUGACUGUCUAGGUUCACAGUGACUUCCAUGUUUGUAUAUGCCUGACUGUCUAGGUAAACCGUGACAUCCAUGUUUGUAUAUGCCUGACUGUCUAUGUUCACAGUGACUUCCAAGUUUUUAUAUGCCUGACUGUCUAGGUAAACAGUGACUUCCAAGUUUUUAUAUGCCUCACUGUCUAGGUUCAAAGACUUUUAUGUUUUGAGUAUUUAUUGUGAGUUGACCUGAUCCUGAAGUAGCAAUAGACAACCAUUAGUGGAGUUUUACUAUUCUAAAACACUUUUUAAACUUCAAAUUUUAACGAUAUGUAUAUACUGUACUUUUAAAAUGUGUAGAGAUGUUCUGUUUUUUUUUUGUAGAUAUUUAUUGAGCCAGUAGUUCUGAAAGUAGCGCUCAUGAGACAAAACUGGUCCUCUCAAACUGCGUACAUCACAUCUUAGCUCUCUCUUUUGCUCUGCUGUGUGUGUAUCUUGCUAGCUGUCACUCAAACGGCGAAGGGCUGAAGCUCAUUGGCUUGAACUUGAAUUGCUCGGGGGCUGACCCAUGUGGGGGAAAAUGGCGCCGCACGCCUUCCAGCUUUCAAACUAGAGAUUCCGUGGCUAAUUUGAGGUUAGACAGUAAUUAUUCUCAUAGAUUCUGCAUGUAUGAUUUACGUGUUGGCACUUUCAGCCCAAAGCAGGAGAUUUAUAAAAUACUUACUAGUCGCCAAAGUUCUUGAUCAUGUCUUUUAAGAUUGAAUAAUAAACUGUGUUAACUCAUUAUGUAUCACCAGUAGCCCAGCCAUGUGCUAGCAAUAUUUGUAAACAACUUAAACAAGUGUAAUAUAUUACAGAUUAUGGAAAAAAUUUAAAGAUUGUUGUUUAGUCAAUGUGGAGUCUUUACUGAAAAGGUUAAGAGUAAAUGGCAACAAUAAUUAUUUUUUUCCAAAAAAUUCUUCAAUCCAACUUUUUACAUUUUGUGAGUACAGUGAAGUGUGAUUUGAGUGAGCUGCCAGUGAUUUGGAAAACUGUACCAUACAAGUUAUUUUAUUCUAGACAACACAGUGGGAGUGUUGUUUUUUUACCAUCAAGACUCUACUCCUGCUACCGGUUGAUUUGACUGCAUGUUUUUAACACUGCUAUGUACGUCUCUCUUAUUUUAUUAUACAAAACAAGUUUUUUUUAUAUGGGAACUGAUUUGUCGACGACUUCUUGUCUUGCUCAGUGUUCAGGCUGUUGAAUGGUGAUUGGUUACACUGUCUUUGUAGAUACUCAACCAGAUAGCAUUGAUCCCGUUUCCAAGCAUGUUUAUUUGUUCUGUACCGUUUGCGCUGCCAUGCCAGUUCUCUGCAAAACUUUAGGAACAUUAUUGAAGUAAAAACCAGAUGUAAUUAUGAACUGAAUAAAUCUCUCCUGUAUAUUUAACAA